UCUUUACUCGGCCGAGUCCACCCAUCAGUACUCAGCACCACUCAUGUGGUGCAACAAUUAUAUCCAUCAGCCCAUAGGGAUUGCUAGAUCCUGAAAACAUGAUUUAGACAAACAUCAACUACGCAUCAUCUGAUCUCCUCUUUACAUCAAUUAUCGUCCAACAUAUACCACAAGCUUCCACUUUCUGCCGCCAUGUUUCCCAUCAGCGCGGCGGCCAUGCCUGCCGUCCCAACCAGAAAAGCUCUCAUAGUGGUCGACCUCCAAAACGACUUUGUGUCUUCUGACGGUGCCUUGCCCGUGACCGAACCAGACGGUUUCGUCCAUCGCAUUCUUGAACUGGUCAAGGUCUUUCGCGAUUCCGGUGCUGGCGAUGUUGUAUGGGUUCGAAGCGAGUUCGAACAACAUCGCGCCCUGGCUACCGAGGGAGACACCAUUAUAGCAUCCGAUAUACCACCAAUACGCCCUUCUAGACUACCAGCUAGAGGAAGGCGUGCCAACUCCAAAGAGCACGACGAAAAGCUCAUGGAAGCUGACGAGGAGGCGUUUUUUACCGUUGUUGACGGCCUUGACAAACCGGCCUGCGUCCGGAAGGGCACACCAGGAGCCGAUUUUCCGCCCAACAUUCAGGACUCCAUCAUGCGUGGUCGCGACUUCGUAACCACCAAAUCGCACUACAGCGCAUUCCCUCCGGGCCAAUCGCAACUGGUUCAACAGCUGAGAAUGCGAUUUGUGACGGACAUGUACGUGUGUGGUUCCCUUACCAAUGUGGGCGUCUUUGCGACCGCCCUGGAAGCUGGAAAACAUGCCUACGACAUCACAAUCGUGGAGGAUUGUUGCGGCUACCGGUCAUACCUGCGACACGUCAAUGCCAUCCGGCAACUAGAGAAGCUCACGGGUUGCGAUCUCCUGGACUCCCCAGCCCUCAUUGAAAAGUUACAGCGUGCUCAGCCCAAAAAUUUGGCGAAACCUGGGCAUGGGACAAAGCCAUCGAGCGGAAGCCGGGAUAUCACGAAGCCCGGAAAGGCAAAAGAAACCAAACAGGACAGAAAUAAAAAGGCUUCUACAAGUCAAUCUACGGGCCUUUCACCAACAAUGGCCAAGGUGUCAAUAGACCCCAGCAAUAUUCCCUCGAUCGAACCACCUGUUCCAUCGCAGAGGACCACAAAAUCAGGCAGAUCUACCACGCCACAACAACGCCAAGCCCCCAGUAACGCUAAUGUACCUCUUACACAGCCCAUGGUAACCCGUGGAGACCUGUCGAAUCGUUUGUCCCACGAUCUUGCGCCCUUGGAAUCUGCUUCAGAGGUUGAAAUUGACAACAUUGAGUCAGAGUUCUUAUCCAUCAUGCGUCGAAACGUAGGACGAGUUAGCCAAUCGCCAUCUGGUUCCUCAAGCGUACUCGGCACGGAAGUAAUUGAUGGUCCCAGCCUCUCACCAUCUUCACAGGAUACAAGAGUAGCCGUUAAGCCACAAUCUCGACGUGACAAACCCUCAAAGAGAUCAUUCUCAAGCUCAUCAUCCCAAGUCCAGAGCAACAACAAAGAUUGGAACUCGGCCGAAGCGCAGGAACCAAUCAAGGAUACCCCUCCAAACCUGGCAACACCAAACCAGCCAGAUCCCAACAGCCCACAGUCGCCUACCGAUUCUCCAGAAACUCGAACAAAGACGUCAUCAAACACCAUGGAAGAUCAUCAGAAGUCUGCCGUUUCUGAACCCCUCUGUGAGGGAGACACUACUGUCAUCACCAAUGCCCUCUCGCCUGAUCUCACCGCCGGUGCCUUUGAGCGCCUUCUGGAAGAAGUCAGCUGGGCCGGCAUGUCUCACUUGGGCGGUGAAGUUCCACGACGCAUCGCCGUCCAGGGCGCCAUCGACGACGAAGGAAACAUGCCAGUAUACCGACAUCCAGCAGACGAGUCCCCACCACUCCUCCCCUUCUCUUCCACCGUUCUUGCCAUCAAGAACGAGAUCGAGAAGCACCUCGGCCAUCCACUCAACCACGUCCUAAUCCAGCACUACCGCAACAGCAGCGAUUACAUCAGCGAGCACAGCGACAAGACCUUGGACAUUGUCCGCGGCAGUUACAUCGCCAAUGUCAGUCUCGGCGCCGAACGAACCAUGGUCCUCCGCACCAAGCGACCACCCAAGGACAAGGAAAAGAAAGAUGCAGCAACGGCUGCGACCGAAACCCCUUCAACUCCCACAACAUCAGCAGCAGAAAAGGCCAAACGCCAAAUACAGCGCGCCCCCCUCCCGCACAACUCCCUCCUCCGCAUGGGCUUGCAAACCAACAUGCGCUGGCUACACGCCAUUCGUCCCGACAAGCGCUCCGACCGUGAUAAGUCCUCUUCCGAACUGGCCUACUCCGGCGCGCGCAUCAGCCUGACCUUCCGACAGAUCGGCACCUUCCUCAACUCUUCUCAAACCAAGAUCUGGGGACAGGGCGCCGUCGGAAAAACCAAGGACGAAGCUCAGCCGGUGGUGAACGGCCAAACAGACGAUGCGGUUAGGAUGCUGCAGGCGUUUGGGCACGAGAACCAUGCCUCGGAGUUUGAUUGGGAGAAGAACUAUGGAGGGGGGUUCAAUGUUUUGCAUAUGGGCAGCCCGAAGAGGUUCUUUGCUGGCAGCGUCAAGGGGAGGAUGUGCACGGUGGAGAAUACGAGGGUGGCGCUGGCGUUGGCGGAUAUGGGGAUUGGUGUGGCUAGGGGGGCUAUUGACGCUUCUGGCUCUGGUGGUUCGGGUGACGGUGCCGGUGAAGGAGACUGGAAGGAGGAACAGCCUGAAGGAAGGAAGGCCAGGGUCGGAGUCAAGUUCGUGGAUAAUGAUUCAGCGCGGACGGAGGUGAUCGGGGACGUGAGUAUUCUGAGGUAUUUGGAUGCCGUGUACGGGGCGGGAAGGAGGUACGAUCAGAUGACCCCAGCCCAGGUGGCAAAGAGGUUUGCGAGGCUGGAGGAGGCGGACGACUUGUGGACGGCUUGGAACUGGCUGCUUAAUCGGUCGGACAGGAACAUGGAUUGCAAACCAGAAGAGAUUGAUGAGAAGGCCGCUACUUCUCGGGCGGAGAAAAUGUUAAAUGCGCUCGGGGAGAAGGCGUUAUGGGAGGAAUAUGCGCAGGAGGCAUAUGCUGUUGCGGCGACGGGGACUACGACAACCAGCGCCAACAGCAAAGCAGUUACGCCGGAAGCAUCUGAAGAGCAGCAUCAACAACCACAAGCAGACGAUUCGAGGGACCAAGACAAGCAACCAGACACAACCAGCCAACUGACACCCUUCUACAUCUGCGGCGGCGACGUUCCCUCACCAGUCGACUACGCCCUCUGGCCCGUUCUGCAUGAAGUAGUCACCAGCGUUGGCGGUGACGAAGAGGUACUCCAUAUCGGGGAGGGAUACCUUACCAAGUACUACAGGGCUUUCAAGCAGAGGAGUGCUGUUGCAAAGGUACUUGGUGGUCCUGCCUCUGGUGAUGGUGCCGAAAAGGAUGGUGGUGCUGCUAGUGGGGAGAAGGAUUCGGCUGCUGCUUCUGCUAAUGUCUCUGAAAAGUCAGAGGCAAAGGAAGAGGCAAAGGAGGCUGAUGUUGAUGAUGCUGGGGCUUGGAAGAAGAUACCUCGGCCGGCCGAAGAAGAGAAAACUAGCACAAGUGUCUCUAGGGAGAAGGAGAAGGAAACGGCUCCUGGCAAGGUGAGCGAAGGCGAGGGGGGGAAUGCCGCUGGGAAGAGCAAUACUGUUGUUGUUGUUAAGGAUAACGGGGAUGAUACCAAUGAGGAAAAGGACAAAUACGACGAGGAGGCAAGGAUGAUUCCUGAUCCUAAGAAAGAUCACGGGAAGGAUAAGUAGAGAGUUCCGUAGUCGAAAGGGAAGUCUGAGCAGAUAGGCAGAUUGGGAAUAUGAGAAGAUGGUAGGUAGAAGAACGGACUGAGAUGUUUGGAUGAUAUACCCAUCUUGACGAUAUUCGAAAAAAAAAAAAAAAAAAAAAAGAGUUUAUACCCAAUCAGUUUUGUGCUGUUGCAGUGUUCAUUAGAG